CUGGGUUUAUCAUUUUUUUUAGUUAUUUAAAAAUUGCUUUAAACUUCUUAUUUAGUGACUUAAUUAUUAAUAUAUUUUGUUUUUAGUAUUAUGAAUAAUAAGUUUGACGCAUUAAAAAAUGAAGAUGGUGAAGAAGAAGACUCUUCACAGCUAUCUACAGAAAUGCAAGAUGCGAGACAGGCGAAAAAAGAAUCACUGCCACCAGAUCCAGGUGAACAUAGACUUCAAUUCAGCUAUGCAUUUUGGUAUUGUAGACAACCUCGUUUGCGAAGUUAUGAUCAGAACUUAAAAAUGAUUGGUACCUUUAAUACUGUUGAGAAAUUUUGGUCAUUUUACAGUCAUCUUGUUAGACCAUCAGAACUGAGUGGUCAGAUUGAUUUUCAUCUCUUUAAGGAAGGAAUCAGGCCUAUGUGGGAGGAUGAAGCCAACAGAAAUGGUGGUCGUUGGGUUCUGCGAUUAAGGAAAGGGUUGGCAUCACGUUGUUGGGAAAACCUGAUCCUAGCUAUUUUGGGUGAGCAGUUCAUGGUAGGAGAAGAAAUAUGUGGGGCCAUGCUAUCAGUGCGUUCUCAAGAGGACAGUAUAUCAGUUUGGAACAAGACUGCUAAUGAUAAUGCCACCACCAUCAGGAUUCGAGAUACUUUAAAGAGAGUAUUGAACUUACCACCCAGUACACAUAUGGAUUACAAGAUGAACUCUGAGAGCCUCAGAUAGAAUCUGUUAUAUCUUUUAAUAUUUGUUACAUAAACUCAUGAAAAUAAAAAAUAUAUAUAUAUAUAUAUAUACUUAACUAAGUGAACAUGGAGAACCUGUUGAGUGCUUCAUCAUGAUCAGCUAUAUUCUAGCAUUUAACUUACAUUAUGUAUUCCAAAAAGAUAUAAUACAACUAAAGAGAAUUUGACAGAAAUUGGAUAACACUGAUGUCUAUUUAUUACACACUGUAUUUCAAGUGCAGCAGAUCACAGAAGUGGUUAUCUUUUCAUCAGCUCAUGAAAGUUAUGGAUUAUUACAUUAGUGUAAAAAGAAUAUUAAGCUUUAAUUCCAUUGUAUUAUGGGAAAAGAUGGUGUAAAAACAGUACUUGUUGUUUUUUGAUUAUAUUUUUUAUUGGACUUAAAUUAUUAUUGUAGCUUUGUAAAAUUUUAUCUGUGAACAUUUCUCAGCGAAGAUUAAUGUGUAUUGGAUAUUACUUGUGGAAGAUAUAAAUAUUUUUAAUUUUUUAUAAUGAAAACUUGUAUUUUACCUUUUUAUAUGAUUGCCAGAUUUAAAGUAACAGAAUUUCUUUAAACUUGGUACUGAAGGUUUAGAAAUGGAUUGGCUUUAACUUGUUACUAUUGUCUAGAGAUAUCGAAUACAUAUUAAGUCAAACUAGAUAGUACUGCUGGAAAAUGAUAAUCUAGUUUUGGUGUAAACUGUAUGUUACAAGAAUGAAAUAUAUUAAGCCAGAAUUCUCUUGUUAUUGAUACAGUAUUAUUUUUAAAUGUGUACAACAGAUAAAAAAUAUUAGCCAACGUUAUCUGAAAUUAGAUAAUACUGCUGGAAAAUACUCCGUAUUAGUGUGAACUGAAUACUGUGAUUGAUAGAUAUUAUUAUUAUCUUCUUUUAUUGAAGAAUAUAAAUUCAUUAUAGACUUUUGUAAAAAUUAGCUCAAGUUUAUCAAACUAUUUUGAGGUUAAAGCUAGAAUUAGUUUUAACCUUUUCCUUACAUUAGAAUAUCUAAACCAUAAGCUAACAAUAUGCUUUGCUGUAUUUGCAGUAUAUUAAGCAGACAUGUGGGAUAAAUCUGAAACAGGUUUUCACUGGACCUCUUGUCAAUUAUUUUAGAAUGAAAAACUUAGGAUAAAAGAAGUGUAUAUUAUGGUAGUGUGAACAAUUUACACAGUUUUUCCUUGAGAUUUAACUAAUGAUUUUUUAUUUUAAUUCAUGUUUCUACUCUAAAGAACAUAUUAUUUAAAUUGGUUAUGUUUUUAACUCUCAGGCUUAAAAUUUAUUUCAUGUGGGUUGCAGUUCAAAUCACGGGUAUACAUAUAGACAUUGGUAAGCUGGACACAAGUUACAUGAUCAGUUAUUUUCUGUCACCUGUGACACUAUGUGUAAAACGUAUGAUUUAUAGAUAGUACAAAGCAUGUGUAAAGAUUAUUUUUAUACAAGUUGUUGGGAAUGAGUAUAUUUUUGAAGUAUAAUACACUUUUAAUGAUGCAUGAUACUUGUAGUAUGUGUAACUGUACCAAGUAAAGGAAUGUUGAAUAGAAAGCUGGAGUUUUUCAGUUUUAGGUUUUGCCACAGCUAUACUUCAAUAUUGUGAUACCAGAAGGCCUAUUCAUAUAUUUGCUGACAUAAAUUCUCACAGGACCAUCUGAAAUCCCCCUUCCCAAUAUAAGAGAGCCAGGAGGUUGGAAUCCUCAAAAGUAUUUUAGGUGAAAUAGCUGUUGAACCAUCAUCUACUGAAAAUGCUAAACCACAAAGGAGGAUUUGAACAUGCUGGAAGAUGAUGACAUUGAUAAUAUAUUAUUGGGUUAAUUGAAAUGGAAACUUCUCUCGUGUCCUACUCGACCGUGGUUAUUUUCCAGUAGGAGGCUUAAUUCUGUAUGUAAAAAGUGUUCAUAUUAUAGAUGGUUGGGUUGUGCAUAAAAUUGUGGACAGCUUGAAUUUUAAAGAAUGCUGUUAUGCUCUUGUUGAGCUAGUUUCUGGGACCUUUUGUACGUGGGGAUUGAAUAAAAAAUAAUGGAAGCCUAACAUAUCCUUCUUCUGAAGUGGUGAAAUCUUAGAAAAUAAUGGAAACUGUCUAUUGGCUUUUGAGAAAUGUUGAUUUACUAAGAAAUGAUUAUAAAUUCCACAGAGAUAUAUUGAAGGAGCAGAAAAAAAUUCCUUUUUUCCUAAACCUGAUACCUGUUAUUAGUUCUAAUUAACCUCUUUGGAAUAUCCAAAAGCCGUUAUCUUUUAUUAUUUUUGUGUUUUUUUUUAAACUAAAAAUGAAUCAUAGAAAACAUUUUAUUGAAUGGUGGAAAUAUCUUUCAGAAGAACAACAGAAACGUGCUUUUUAAAAAAUCUGUAAUUUCACGGUGUGAUUGAUUAUUGUUAUAUAUGUGGAGUAUAAAUAUAACCAAUGGAGAAUCCAUCCACCCACAACGUAAUCUCUCGAAUAUUUCAGUCAUUGUAGUUCGUUUAUCUUCUACAAAUUGAUCGUAGUGUGGUAGAGGUUGCUGAAUUAUUCAAGUAAACAACGUAAGUGGCUGUACUUAAUGAGUGGUGUGGAAACGUGUAAAAAUAAAUGAUUUUGUAAUAAAA